AUGAGCCUGAAUGGAAUGUCACAGCAUGCGCUGGUUGACCACGGCGAUGAGUAUACGCAGAAGAAGGUGAAGAACAAGGGCCGAGAUAACGAUGCAAGCGCUGCUAGUAAGCGCCGCUGUAUCAGUACUGCGUGCAUUGCGUGUCGAAGGCGCAAAUCGAGAUGUGAUGGUCAACUACCGAAAUGCGCCGCCUGCGCCUCGGUCUACUUGACGGAAUGUGAAUAUGCGCCUCACACAGAUCAGAGAAGGAAGGGAGUAUACAAGAAGGACGUCGAUCUCAAGACCAAGAGUUCGACUCUACAUACUCUUAUACAGGCAAUCCUAAAUGCGGAAGAGGAUGAUGUCGCCGACCUGGUGCACGAAAUCCGGAUAUGCGAGAAUCUGGAAGAUCUCGCUACCAGAAUCGAAGCCGGUGAAAGCAUCGCCACCAAUGGCCUUCCGGAAUCGCCACCAUCCCUGGCCCUGCAACCUGCGGAAGUACCUCAGUUCGAGCAAGAACUAUCUGGUAGAAUGGGCGAUCUUUAUCUCGACGGAUCCGUCAAGUUCAUUGGCGGGACAUCGAACCUGAUCUGGAUGACGGAUGGCCUCGAACAAAGCACUAUGGCUCAACUCCUGCCACCGAAAGAAGAGGCAAUAGUGUCAUGGACCACAGUCACUCAGGAUAAAGAUCUCAUUCUUCACUUCAUGAACAUGUAUUUCUGCUGGCACUACGCUUAUUUUACGACACUGUCCAAGGAACUCUUCUACCGAGACUUUCUGACCGGGACACCCUCGCAGUACUGUUCUGCGCUACUGGUAAAUGUUAUGCUGGCGCUGGGAUGCCAUUUUUCGAACAAGGCAGCCGCAAAGGCGGUUCCAGAUGAUUCGAGCACUACUGGUGACCACUACUUCAAGGAGGCCAAACGUCUACUGUAUGAAGACGACGAGUUCGCCAACGCUAAACUAUGUACCGUGCAAGCCAUGGCACUCAUGUCUGUCCGCGAAGCAGGCUGCGGACAUGAAAGCAAAGGCUGGGUCUACAGUGGCAUGAGCUUCCGUAUGGCCAUGGACCUGGGACUCAAUAUCGACGCGCAACCAAUGAACGAACACUCACGACUCUCCGACGAAGACAUCGAUGCGCGGAGAAUAACAUUCUGGGGAUGUUUCUUGUUUGACAAAUGCUGGUCAAACUAUCUUGGCCGUCAGCCACAGCUAUCAACAUCAAAUAGCACAAUCAGGAAGCCGGAGGUGUUCCCAUCGGAAGACUCUGAAAGAUGGUCGCCAUACACCGAUUCCGGCAUCGUGCAAGCCAACGCACAGCCAGCGCGUACCAGAACCGUCGCGCGGCAGCUAUCAAGGCUUGCAGAAAUUUCUGGCGAUCUCCUUGAAUCGUUCUACCACCCUAGUCUCAACGAUAAACCUCUCAACAGGCAACAUGAGCUCAAGAAACUGAGUGAUGUGCAUACACGCUUGGAGUCCUGGAAGAAAGAGCUGCCGGCAGAGCUCGAAGCCAAGGAUUCGCAACUCCCACAAGUGCUGUUAAUGCACAUGUUCCACCAACUGCUUUACAUCCAUCUUUAUAGGCCCUUCUUGAAGUACACUAAACAAACAUCGCCGCUUCCAAAACACGUAUCUCCUCGAAAGUUCUGUACUCAGGCAGCAGGAGCAAUAUCCAAAUUGUUCCGCCUUUACAAGAGGACGCACGGCCUUCGACAAAUAUGCAAUAUUGCAAUAUAUAUCCUGCAUACCGCUUGCACGAUUCACAUCUUGAAUAUGCCAGACAAGACUGCCAAACGAGACAUCGCACACGGCGCAAGGCACUUGGAGGAGAUGGGCGAAUGCUGGACUGCUGCGCGACGGACGCUCCAGAUCCUCAGAGUAUGCGCAGAAAAGUGGAAAGUUGAGCUUCCCGAGGAAGCAGAUGCCGCUUUCGCUCGUGCAAACCUCAAAUGGGGUCGCCAUCACGCAACCCCGUCGCCACCAAGCUCUGGGCAGUUCGGGCAGCCGUACCGACACAUAGGCCAGCAGCCAAUAUCGGAGGUCUUGAAACAGGAAACCCCUACGCAGCUCGGACAGCAACAAGCGGCAACCUCUCAACCGCUUCGCCAGCAGCAGAUGCUCACACGACCCUUGUCGUACGGACCUCAGACCUUCAAUGCGGAGCUCCGAGGUGGUCUCUCGGCAGCCAUGGCUCCGUCACCAAUUGAUGUCCCUGACACUCGUCGAUCCUCUGGUAAUCUAUCAGCACCACCCUCAAACUCGACGGAUUUCAACCGGAACCCGAACAAAAUUCGUGGUUCAUCACUUCUCACGAAAACUCAGCAGGCUGCAUACAAUCUUCUUCGACCGCGCCCGCCUUCCGAGAAUGCUUCCAACGGCAGCACGUUUGGUGGCGACAUGACGUCGCCAGCCGAUCCGAGUUCAUACACAGCCAGUAGCUUUGCAACUUUGGACAAUCUCAUGGAAUCGCAAGACUGGUGGUAUAAAGACCAAUCGCAGCUGGCUAUGGGCUUCGAUAACUGGAACGACCCAACCCAAGACUACUACGCAAUGGACGUCAACGCAUCUGCGGGCCCAGAGACUUCGACAGCUGGUCUGCAGCAGAUGAGCAAUGCUGUGUACACUCCUGUAAGUAGUAAUGCUGAGAGCAACAUCUAUGGUCAGCAACUAUAUGGCGCCGACUCUGCCGCCGGCGCUGUUUCGAACACAUAUAACGACGGCAACAUGACUACGACUGCUAGGGUCAAUGGGGCAGGAAUUCCUUACCAACGUGCGGGCUACAGCGAUGAGUCGAUCUACUAA